AUGGGUGUCCAGAAGCGCACCAGGAAGUUCGCCCAGGUCAAGCGCAUCAUCGGCCAGCGCGACGCCCGUCUCAAGAAAAACCAGCUGGCCGCCGACGCCGAGCAGGCGAAGAAGAAGGCCAAACCUGACGAUGUCGUGCGCGAGGUGCCCCAGGUCUCGUCUUCGCUUUUUUUCCAGUACAAUACGGCACUGGUCCCUCCCUACUCAGUCCUCGUGGAUACCAACUUCCUCUCCCACACCGUCCAGCGGAAGCUCGAGCUGCUUCCAUCGAUGAUGGAUACAUUAUUCGCGAAAUGUACCCCGGUGAUCACCUCCUGCGUGAUGGCUGAAUUGGAGAAGCUGGGUCCGAAAUAUCGCAUUGCGCUCAGGAUAGCUCGCGAUGAGCGGUGGGAGCGCCUUGAAUGCGACCACAAGGGCGUAUAUGCAGAUGACUGCAUCGUCGACAGGGUCCAGAAGCACAAGGUAUACAUUGUGGCCACGAACGACCGCGACCUCAAGCGGAGGAUACGCAAAGUACCCGGUAUUCCCAUCAUGUCCGUAGCCCGGGGAAAGUACGUGAUCGAGAGAUUGCCAGAUGCGCCGGAGAAGUAG